AUGAAAAGACUCAAUAAUAUAUCGGACAUACUGCAAACUAUCUCCGUUCUUGCUACUCUGAAAGUGAUAGUCAAUGGGCAAACAACGUGCAAUGGUGGUCUAGGCCGGGUCGUUUAUGAGAGACUUCCGGACCAACAGCUUCAGGGGUUCGACGAUGACGUGGUGCGGGACUCUGCUCCGCCAUUUAGAGUUCUGGAGAAAUGUCAGGAGCUUUGUCUACGCGACAGAACGGCGACAAACAACCUGGUGCGCGCCUGUACCAGCUUUGACUUUCAACCUGGCAGUAGAAUAGCGUCUUUCAGUGGUGCUGCCGAGUAUGAAGAGAGUACUUGCUACCUGACCAGGGAACAGGCGCAACCGGAAGGCAUUGGUAACCUAAUGCUGGUGCCGAAUAGCGUCCAUUUCACGGAAGUUUGCCUUGGUUCUGACAGAAUAGAAAGAGAGUGCCCUAACAGACGCUACGUAUUCGAACGACAUCCAAGGAAGAAGCUAAAGCUGCCAUUGACAGACAUCAAGGAAGUCAGCGCUGCAAAUCGAACCGACUGUGAGGACAGAUGUCUCAACGAGUUCAGUUUCAUUUGCCGGUCAGCGACCUACGACACAGCGCUGAGAAGCUGCGCUUUGAGCCGUUUCACUAGAAGAACUCAUCCCGAAUUACUGGAAGACGAUCCGAACUCUGAUUACCUGGAGAAUACGUGUCUCAAUGCGGAACGCCGUUGCGACGGCUUGGCCGUCUUCGUCAAAGAGGAGAACAAACGUCUUCGGGGACCGUUCGAGGUCGACAUCUACACAAACCUAACUCUGGACGAGUGUCAGGCCCUUUGCCUCCGAGCCGAGAAAUAUUUCUGCCGGAGCGUCGAGUUCGACGAGCAGACGCGGCAAUGCGUCAUCUCGGAAGAGGAUUCCGUCUCCCAAAAGGACGAUAUUGGGAUCAGCAGCAGCCCCAGCCAUCAUUUCUACGAUCUGGUCUGUUUGGACAACCAUCCGUCCAUAGCACGUGGCUCCGAGUAUCCAGACAGCAGCUCGACGUCUCACCUGUUCUCGGACGGGCGUCGUCCCGACACAGCGUUCCAACGAUACCGCAAUUCUCGUUUGAGCGGUGAGUUUCACUCGGAAAUAACCGGUCGGAGCUUAAGCGAAUGCCUGGACGAGUGUCUUCGACAGACGAGCUUCCAAUGCCGAAGCGCAGUUUACUCCGAGCACUACCACACUUGUCGACUGAGUCGAUUCAAUCAGCGUGACGGGCACAGGAUCAUCUACGAUGCCGACUACGAUUACUAUGAGAACCUUAUGCAUCAAUAUCUGGAUGGGGAUCGAGACAGUCCAGGUUACAGACCAGAUCCUUUGGGACAGGACACGAACUUUGGCCGACCAUCAUUAGGAAGACCUGGAUACCCAGACGACUACGAUAAAGGGUACAGCAGCAGUGUGAAGCCAGAUAGAUUCCCAGAUCGUCACCCAGACCGUUAUCCAGAUCGUUACCCAGACCGUUACCCCGACAGAUACCCCGAUCGAUACCCAGAAAAGUAUCCAGAUCGAUAUCCCGAGAAAUACCCGGAUCGAUAUCCUGACAAGUAUCCAGACCGAUAUCCCGACAAAUAUCCCGAUCGAUACCCAGAUAAGUACCCAGAUCAUCGGUACCCAGUCACUGAUCGUUAUCCUGGAGGAGAUCGUUACCCCGUAAACGAUCGUUAUCCAACAGGUGAUCGGUAUCCAACAAGUGAUCGUUAUCCAACAAGUGAUCGUUAUCCAACAGGUGAUCGUUAUCCAACAGGCGAUCGUUAUCCAGCGGGUGAUCGUUACCCAUCCUCCGACAGAUAUCCAAUUACCGAUCGAUUUCCAAUAAGAGGCGGCGAACGUCGACCAGUUCCCGCCGAUCGAUAUCCUAUCCCCGAUCCAGCGAUAGACCGAUAUCCCACGAACAACCGUUACCCAACUGGUGUUGGUAACCGAUAUCCCAUAUCACCAAGUCGUUAUCCAAGCGACAACGAUCGUUAUCCGAACACCAUCGAUCGGUACCCCGUUCCAGAGGAUCCUUUGGACCGAUACCCCACAGCUUUGGGCGGCGCCAGACCUCACGGUGAUCGAUACCCUAUCAGCGAGAGAUAUCCGGACAAGGAACUUUAUCCGAGCCGGUUUCCCCCGCCAUCGCAUCCAGCCGGUUACCCAGCAAGCUACCCGGUCGACGACGGUUACAGUCCCCAGCCUCACCCAGAUCGGACCCAUUAUGGCGCAGCAGGAGCGAGCCGACCGUUAGGCUACGGUGGCUACAACAACGACGGUACCAUAAUCGGCGGUGGUUACAUAGGCGAGGGUGGUGUCUUCAACACCAGGCCUUUCGGUACCAGUGGCGGUCCCAUCAUCGGUCGACCACCUUUAGUUUCUCGAUGCGACGAACAGGACAAUUUCCGACAGGUCGGUCCCCACACCAGGGUCCGUAAACCGUUCGUCAGACGGUACACCACCGCCUCCUCGUUGGCCCAAUGCGAACGGGAGUGCGCAGACGCGAGGGACUUUGUCUGCAGAUCGUUCAACUAUCGGCCAUACGCUGCCCCAUACGGCGCCGAGAGGGACAACUGCGAGCUUAGCGAUCGUGAUUCCAGGGACAUGGACAUGGGGAACCCUGUGUAUUAUGACACUGGGUCCGAUUAUGAUUUCUACGAGCGGAACAACGGCAGACAGGGCGUCGACUCGGAGUGUCUCGACGUGAGUCAAGUCUGUAGCGAGGACGGAAUGGAAUUUACUUUAAGAACACCGGAGGGAUUCAUUGGCCGGAUAUACACUUACGGAUAUUACGAUCGCUGCUUCUUCCGUGGAAACGGCGGCACCGUGAACGUGCUACGAAUCAGCGGUCCUCAGGGUUAUCCUGAAUGCGGCACUCAAAGAUACGGUGACACGAUGACGAACAUCGUCGUGGUACAGUUCUCCGACUAUGUGCAGACCGGAAGGGACAAACGGUUCAACCUGACCUGUCUGUUUCGAGGCCCUGGCGAAGCUGUCGUCACGUCCGGCUACAUCGGUGCCGGGUAUGCCAGAUCGGGGUCCCCGAUUCCCAUCGAAUACCUUCCAGCGGAAAAUACACUGAGUUCCCGAGUGAGAUUACUAAUCCUUUACCAAGGCAGACCUACGACCACAAUUGCUGUGGGCGAUCCACUUACUUUCAGGCUUGAAGCUCAGGAAGGGUACAAUUACGUGACCGAUAUCUUCGCCACCAACGUCAUAGCGAGAGAUCCUUAUUCCGGAAGGAGUGUGCAACUGAUCGACAGAUACGGCUGUCCGGUAGACAAUUACGUGUUCCCCGGAUUAGACCGAUUAAGGGAAGGCGACAGUCUCGAGGCUCGCUUCAACGCGUUCAAGAUCCCCGAAUCCAAUUUCUUGGUGUUCGAGGCGACGGUGAGGACCUGUCGAGACGGUUGUCAGCCGGCCUACUGUUCCGGCGGGACCGGAAGGAGCGAGCCCUCUUUCGGUAGGAGGCGACGAGACGUGUCGCGGAACGACACGAUCGUCGACGAGAACGAAAUAAGCACGAUAAUCGGGGACAGUGCAAAUGACACGUCCUCCGCGUCGAAUUCCACCGUCGCUGACGGCAGCGACACCAGGGAUGAGGAGGAUGAGGAAGAGGAGGAGGAGGAGGAGGAGGAGGAAGAGGAAUACGUCAGAGAAAUGAUCGAGGUACUCGACUCGAGAAUGGACAUUGACGAAGAAACGUCGGUGGUCGAAAGGCAGACCACCGUGAUGGAAAACGUUUGCAUAACACCGAACGAGUAUUAUGGCCUGGUGACAGCGGUCGCGGUGCUCGUAGUGCUUCUAGCUUCCGUAGUAUUAUUAUCUAUGCUGAUUUAUAGAAAAUACGCUUAUGCAGUGAUCACGAAGAACCGCAGAGUUGAUAAAACAUGCAACCGCAGCAGUCAUUCGGACGACGCUUACAGCAGUCGAGCGAAUAAUUUCUCGUUCUUACGGACUGGACUACAGAAACCGUUCCAAUCGACAUCAAUCUCCAGAUCGAUGAGCAACGUGAUCAACCAACGGGUGGUGAGCGGUUCAUUCGAUCCCAGUGAACCGAUUUACACCGAUCCAUCGUUGUUCGAAGUUGCUCGUUGUUCAUCUCCGAAACCUGCACUUAAUGACAACUUCCAUCUGAUGUAG